GUCACGCUGCGUUUCUACAAGGCUUGGGGUGACCCUAAAAACCGCUGUCAGACAGUUGACCAGACCGUGACACGUAUGCAAAUUCAUAUUUGAGUUCCGAGAACAGUCAUUCAGCGUYGCUUUUAUUACGUUACAGCAAACUGUAGUUGUCUUGCGAAACAAUGGCCGCUGAUGUUCCAGCUAAGAAAUUGCGCCUUUCAGGCGAAGCAAGUGAGCAAGGAAUGGAAAACGAUGAAGAAAAGAAACCGAUGCAGCCACUAACUCGAAUCCUCCAACUAGAUCUUUCGAAAUACAGUGCAAGUAUUCAAAAGAUGACUGAUGAAGAACUCUUACAAACCUUCAAUAUUGGAGUUGCUGUAAAGGAAUCCUUUACCCUAUCAAUUCUUGAAAACAGUUCGUUUGUCAAGGAAGAAUUGGGCAAGCAAAUGAACCCAAUUCAUAAUGAAAUGAAGAAUCUUCCUCUGRCAGUSGAAAAGGAYAUGUUGAAAAUACGUGACAUGGUAGGAGAGAGUCUGUUAGCAAACAAUACCGAGAUGGCCAGACGAGUUGAUGAUUUAACUACAAACCUUUUGAAUAACAUAUAUUCUGUAUCAAGCAAGGUUCUACCAGUAGCAGASAUGGAAAYACGGAUCAGUAACAGUGUUARGGAGAUGGAAAUGCGAACUGGUCGUCGCAUGGAAGCAAUUACUGCGAAAAUUGAUGGAUUAGCUCAAGAGUUCCAAAAACCUGCAAAAAAAGGAAUAGUUAGUGAGAACACAGUGCAUUCUAUAUUAACAAGGAACUUUCCUCACUUCACUUUCAACGAUGUCUCCAGAGAAAGAAGAAAGGGAGACAUUCGUUUGUCAACUMCAGAAGGUUACCAAGUAAUGAUUGAAGUCAAGAACUACCAAGCCAGUGUACCUAAAACUGAAAUUGAUAAAUUYAAAAAUAAUGUGCUGUCCGACGAUGUCAAAGUGGGCGUCAUGUUGUCCGUCAGAUCUGGYAUCGCUAUGAAAUGCAAAAGUGGUAAAUUCGAGGUCAAUCAUGUUGAUGGAAAAUACAUGAUCUAUGUAUCAAGCGCUUUGGCACAAACGGAARUCAUGAUUUGGAGUGUCUUCUUGGCUACCGAGUUGGCAGGGUUGGAUGUUGAGCUUAAAGACAACCAAGCCAAAAAGCUCCAAAARUUAUGCGAAAGUUUUCAAGAGAAAAUGAAGUAUGUUAAGACGUGUCGAGAUAGGAUCGUCACCUUGAAUAACGCCAUUAAAGGUCUAGAGGAAAGUAUAGAACCAAUCUUUGAAAUCAUUCAAGAUGCAGGGAGRAAGCUGAAAGYGAUUCUGAAGGAUUCCAGCCAGGAUGUACGUCCGCAUGUUCCCCAACCACAACCAUACGUCAUUGAUUAACCUGACAAUAAAUAUCCCUUUUCAGAAUUGACUGAAGACUUGCACAUUCGACUCGACUGAUCAGGACAGUGUGAAUCAAAGAAUGGUUUGAAUAUUUGCAUUUAAAUCGAAGAAUUGCAUAUUUGAAUCGAAGAAUUACAUAUUUGAAUCGAAGAAUUGCAGAUUUGAAUCGAAGAAGCG